UUUCAUUUUGAGAGCGCCCGGCGCAUUGUGCAGCUUUUUAGUGAGUUUUCCAGGACGAAGAUCUAAGACUUUUCAUCUGAGAUCGUAGAAAUGGAGGCAGAACGGCGGGAGGUGGAAUUUGCGAGGCGCCUCUCAGUCUCGGACAAAGGAAGCCGUGAUCGUGCGCUGAAAAAGCUGAAAACAUGGCUUCAUGCGCGAUCCCAGCCGACUGGAGACUUCGGUGUAGAUGAAAUGAUGAAGCUGUGGCGUGGUCUACAUUACUGCAUGUGGAUGUCGGACAAGCCACUUGUACAGGAGGAAUGUGCUAAAAACAUCUCUUCGCUUGUACACAGUCUGGCAACGCAAUUCUCUGCGCUGAGAUUUGUGGACUGUGGCUGGCUGACGCUGUGCCAGGAAUGGCAUAACAUAGACCGGCUGCGCAUGGACAAGUACCUCAUGAUGAUCCGCCACUACCUGCGACAGAACUUUGCUUACUUACAGAAGCACAAGUGGGACACAGAGCUGGUUGAUGAGAUGUUGCAAAACUUCACCCUCGGUAUUCUUGACCCGCUCAGCGAAGAGGUUCCUGUCGGCAUGCAGCUUCACUUGGCUGACAUCUAUGUACCUGUUCUGGUAGACCUUGCACAUCGUGAGCAGAUCCCGUGGAAUAUUCUGGAGCGAUUACUGCAACCUAUCCUCUCCUUGGCUGUGAAGACAAAUAAGCCCGUAGUUAUGAAAGCUGUAUGUCAAGGUGUCAUUGAGAUGUUGCUGGAGUUGCCCUCCAUUCACGCUCAGCUCUCUGCCAACGGAGACUCGGACACCAUGGCUAAGGAAAGUAAUGGAGAUGAACCAAUGGACGACGAUGAUGAAGAAGUAGAGGACCUUCCACCAUUGAAGGUCGACCAUGGCGCUCUGGCUCAAACCCUCUUCUCGCUUGGUAGCCAAUCAUCUGUUACACAAAAGGCACGCUCUGCACUGUACCUGCUCAAGCGAAGAUUUGACGGAAUUGCUGUGAAGCACGUGCCCACGACGCCCACUCCCACCACCGCGGAUGACUCAGAAGUGGAGAGAUCGAAUCACAGAGCGUCUGCGGCGCCACAACCUUCCGAUGACUCCAGUGCCAGUGAGCCAUCUUCACCUGUUCUCAUUGGAAAGAAGAGAAAACGAAAGCAGAAGCGCAAGUCACCGAUGGAAAGUCCCGUGUCUCCAGCAGCUGAGCCGACGCUGUCACCGACUAAAUCGCCGGAACCAGAGAGGGUACCUGAACUCAUGGCAACGCCCACUCCCAAAGCUGAGGCAACCACACCAGUUACAGACGACGGCAGUCCCCGGAAAAAGAAAAGAAUACGCCUGUCUAUGAAGGACAAUCAAGUAAAACAAUUCUCGAAGAAAGAUCCCAUAGAUGUUAGUCCGUGGAAGCCGACAUCGAAGGAAGGCAAGAGCUUGCUGAAGAAUCGCACACCCACGCCGAUCACUCCACGCAUGCGCCGUAUCCUGGCCCAGGACAAAGCCAAAUCAGAGUCACGGCGUCACAGCACAGGCGGGGCAAUGCCACCGUUGUCCACGUGAUCCCUGUGACAGUGCAGGCCAUUACCCACCACCCUUCUCAGUGCUGCGACACAACCAACUUAUCUUUACUAACGUUUCUUCUCCCUCGCUCUUUCUUUCGUUCUGGACGCCGUCCGCUAGCUACUGUUGACUCGUUUCCGACCAUCACGCUGUUGUCAGCGCAUUCCUUAUCUGAUGCUGCGCUCUGCAAUCAAGACUUCUCCUAUGCUUGGUUGUUGCUAGCUGACUCUUGCCAUGCUGCUGACUAGGUCAACCUGGUCACUCUUGAUACCAACGAAUUUCAUGUUUUAUUCUCUUUAGUAGCAUCCUUGGAUUGCUGUUGCUUAGCCUAGAUUUACAGACACCGGAUUUGUGAGUGAUGAUGUUGACGUUUCUGCCUAGAUCCCAGUAUUCUGACUUGGGUGUAAGUUAUGUCGUGUGUCCCGUGUGUUGUAUACAGUCAAGCCAUGCAAAAUAUCUGAAUUGAACUUCCAUAACUGAUAAGCAAAGGCUCAGAAGAUUUUUCUCCCAAGCCCCA